AUGGACCGGCGCGAUCCCGCGGCCUUCAACAGUGCGUCGCUGGGGGCGAUGCGAUGCCGCUACGAACGGAACGAUGCCGACACGGAAGAGACACUGCCCAAGAAGCUGUCCAAGCUGUUGCUCGUGAGGCAGGCAGCUCAGUGGCGACUAUGUGGCGCAUCACAACGGGGACCCGGUGGCAACAGUAAGGAAACAGAUGUUGAGACUAAUAUCGGUCCUGGAACUGGGCAAGCUGAUGGCUGGAUUGAAUUGGAACCGAAGUUCCCUGUAGAGGCUGUUAAACUGACUGCAUCGUUCAGGUACAUGUGCUUGUGCCUUGGGCAGCAGCCCACAGAAGCAGAUACUGGGAUGCACUGCUUGCAUUUGAUACUGCUGCAAAUCUGCACAGUGAACCUUCAACAACCCCCUUCUCUUGUUGGUUGGACUCCCGCAUUUACAGAGAGCCCACAAGGACAAGCAUUGCCCAAUCUGGAUGGUUGCUUUGAAGUCCUAGAAACUAGAUGUGGCCCAAUGGUGGCGUUGUGCGGUGGCAUUUCGGUCAGCCAACAGUCUUCUCAGCCAUGGCAGCACACUGUGACCAUACUGGCACCCAAGGAUCAAAGGCUGCAAGCAAGAACGAUAUUGGAGGCUGACGGGGGAGUGUUGUGGUGCCUGAAAUGCUCAGAUGAGGACUUGUAUGCUGCAGGCGACGAUGGGCAAGGACAAAUCUGGCAUGUUUCAAAGGACUGGAAAACCAGCCGUUCCAAGCUCCCCUUGCAACAAGCACGCUGCCACGGCUACGCCCUGGACAUCAUCGUGAUGCUCAGGGUCGCCGAAGUGGACAACGGCACACUGCUGGUGGGCCUGUCCAGCCUUGGCUCCUUGGCAGUUUGGAAUUCUCAGAGCGGCUGCCUCCUCACCGCCGUGCAUCACGCCACAUGCCACGUGCGCGACCUGCAGGUCGUCGACGCCCCCCGCCUAGCUGCCAGAAACCGCCGCUCGCGUGGCUCAGAUGCGGACGACCACGCCCUGGACGCGCAGCCGCUGGUGCUGGUCGCGAUCAUCACGCGUCAUAGCGCCCCCUCCCAGGGCCCCCGUUUGGCAGCGGCUCUCCUGCGGCAUGGCAUCCUGGACGUGGGAGAGCCGUUCGCUUUGCAGGGAGUCUGCCAGAUGGACGUUUCACAGGACAAUGGGCUUGUGACAGACUCGCACGGUCGGAUGCAUGUGUGGAACAUUGCGAAGGGCUGCACCGUGUGGACGUCGGAGUGUCUGCCAGAUUCACGCAUGACGGCAGCGAAGCUCUCUGCUGAGCAUGGCAUCGCCGUUGCAGCAACAGCCGAUGGGCGAAUCUCGCUGCACAGGUGGCUCAAAGAAUGA